CCAAUGCUGCAUCCGAGGUGCAAGGCUGGAAUGAGCUGCACGGCAUCUACUCACUCUGAGAUUGACAAUGGAGAAGCGAAUCCAAUGCUUUACUAUAGUCACACUUUUUACAGUUCUGAUGUCGCCAGUAACACCAGAAGAUUGCACCAAUCAGGCCGCUGCUCCGUGUCUGAGACCUUUUGCAGACUACUUAAAGAUAAUCAAACAGCUUAUUCCAAAAAUUACUCGCCAGGAUCGGAAUAUGUGCAUUAAUUACCAAACUGCACGCCAGUGCCUCGAGACCGUUAAGAAACACUGCAAAAGCGACGUACCACAGCAGCGCAGGACGAAGGCUUCACUGGACUCAUUUGAAGAUCGCUUAGAUUUUAUCUGCAGUGAAAGCAGACAGAAAGCCCUCCAGCGCCUCGAACCUUGUUUCAGUGAUCCGGCAAAAGUAUCGGCGGCCGACGAAUGUGAAUUUAAGUACAAUGCAACAAAUCAUGUCAUAGUAGACACCGUUGUGUCACGUCAGAGGACACUGAGAGCCAUCUGUUACAACACACAAAAUCUGUCCUCGUGCAUCACGAACGUGUACAAACCAUGCGGAGACGCUGCCACGGACUUAAUCACAGCCUUACUUAGACAGAACUUUAAAAGGCUGUUAAGUGGCUCCACAUGUGAAAUAAAGAGUAAACGACAACAAACAUUAACGACAGAGCGGUCCACAGAGUCCAAAGUACAAGUAGGGGACUCUUCCUCUUCAAGCGUGAUAUUAUGUUCACAGCGGAACUCGUUUCUUGUGGUGGUUGCCUUGCUUGUUGGUUUAAUUUUUUACGAAUGUGUUUGAAUUGUUUAAUAUAUGUAUAUCAGUUAACUUAAUUGCAUUCCUUUGUUGAAUGUAGGAUAUCGUGGAGGGGAGAUUGGUUGUCAUAUUCACACACACAAACACACACACACACACACACACGAGAAAAAGAACGAGAAAGGGGGAGAUGAUGGCACAGAUAUUUUUAUACAUUACUAAAUUAAUUUGAUAUUUGAGUCUGUUGUGGAUACACUGGCUCAGUGCAAACUACGAACUCUGGUACCGGUGACUGUUGAAGAGAGUCCGGUUCCCACUAAUUUGUACAGGUAAACCCCGUCCUAGAUG